GCGCGGAGGUGAGUCGGUGUGUUGUGGACUCGUGGUGCUGGCUGUCGCUGUAGAGGCGGCCGAGAACGGGCGGUGGGGAGCGGGCGGAGCUGGGCCUACCGCUAUUUGGCCGGCGCCACUGUCGGCGCGGGCCGCGCCCGCCGCCGUCCACUGCCUUCAGCCCCUGCUGAGGCCGAGGGAGACGUCGGGGCCUGCACCUGGAGGGAGCCUGCCGCGCUGGCCCUAAGGAGGGGGCGUUGCCAUGGCGACAGCCUCUCCUGCUGCUGACGGGGGGCGGGGGCGGCCCUGGGAAGGAGGACUGGUCUCCUGGCCCCCUGCCCCUCCCCUUACGCUCCCCUGGACUUGGAUGGGCCCGAGUUGGGGGCAACACCCUGGGCAUUGGGGCCUGCCAGCUCUCCCAGAACCUUCAGCAUCCCCAGCCACCAGUCUUGGCAUCUUCGAAGUAAGGAGAGUUUUAGAUGCUUCUGGAUGUUCAAUGCUAGCACCUUUGCAGACUGGAGCAGCUCGAUUUUCUUCGUAUUUGCUUUCAAGAGCAAGGAAGGUGCUGGGCUCCCACUUAUUUUCUCCCUGUGGUGUUCCGGAGUUCUGCUCCAUAUCCACCAGGAAGCUGGCGGCCCACGGCUUUGGCGCAUCCAUGGCAGCAAUGGUGUCGUUCCCUCCCCAGAGGUAUCACUACUUUUUAGUGCUGGAUUUUGAGGCCACGUGCGACAAGCCACAGAUUCAUCCUCAGGAAAUCAUUGAGUUCCCUAUUCUGAAGCUAAAUGGCCGGACCAUGGAGAUUGAAUCUACCUUUCACAUGUACGUCCAGCCGGUAGUCCAUCCACAGCUUACCCCCUUCUGUACAGAGCUCACCGGGAUUAUUCAAGCCAUGGUGGAUGGUCAGCCAAGCCUGCAGCAAGUGCUGGAGAGGGUCGAUGAGUGGAUGGCGAAGGAAGGCCUCUUAGAUCCAAACGUCAAGUCAAUUUUUGUCACCUGUGGAGACUGGGACUUAAAAGUCAUGCUCCCAGGUCAGUGCCAGUACUUGGGCUUGCCAGUGGCGGAUUACUUCAAGCAAUGGAUUAAUCUGAAGAAGGCUUACAGCUUCGCCAUGGGUUGCUGGCCCAAGAACGGACUUCUAGACAUGAACAAGGGCCUCAGCCUGCAACACAUAGGCCGGCCCCACAGCGGCAUUGAUGACUGCAAGAACAUUGCCAACAUCAUGAAGACACUCGCCUAUCGAGGCUUCAUCUUCAAGCAGACAUCGAAACCGUUCUGAUUGGCCGAGGACGGGAUGGGGCAGGACAGGGUAGCUGCUUGGCCCAGCCCAAAACCCCUCCUCUCCCACUCCAGGCGGGAAAAGGGAGAGUGGCACAGCUCUGUGUCCAGAGUAUCCCCUGGUUGCCCUGUGGGCUUGUGCCCCAGGCAAGGGCUUGGCCACUUGGCACUAGUAAAGCAGACACUUUGUGCUCCGCCCCCCCCCCCCCCGCCGGCCCCACCCCUCAACCUCAUCCCAGUAUCAGCCCCUCCUGCGUGGGCCUGGACUUGGGGGACCCAGGCACUCACUGCCCCCUCCCUGGUACACAGGCUUCUGCUGGGGCCCCCAGAGCCCCUGUGCCCCCUCCCAUCCAUAGUGCAUGGUGUGUGGUGCCCCCAGGGCUCCAGGACAGAUCAGGCCCUACCUUGUGUCUACCCUUGUCCCUGCUGUGAACGUGCCACUGAAUAAAGUCGGGGAAAUGAG